GACUUAAGCUGCGAUAUACCUUUUUUCUUUCCUCCAUUACUAAUCUAUACUUCCUAUUCUAUGUGACCUUUAGUACAUUUGGCAAYGUCACUUGUGUCUGGUGUGACGUCUGCUGUUGUGAGACUAUCCUUGUGGCUAAAUAUUGCAAUAGAAAGAAAAAUACAACUUCAAAACUCUUCAAAUACAUAAUUAACCAUUAUUGCACUCUAAGUAGUCCUUUGCGAUAUGAAUAUUGUGCACAGUGGUAUUGUGAUGACGAUAUAUUUGUGAUAUACACUAUAUUGCCAAAAGUAUUUGCUCAGCUGUCCAAAUGACUGCACCAGUGCACAAAGCAAGGUUCAUAAAGACCUGGAUGCAAAGUCUGGUGUGGAUGAACAUGACUAGCCUGUACAGAGUCCUGACCUCAGUCUGAUAGAACACUUUUGAGAUGAACUAUCACCUGUGUCCUAUCACCUGUGUCCCAUCACUUGUGUCCUAUCACUUGUGUCCCAUCACUUGUGUCCCAUCACCUGUGUCCCAUCACUUGUGUCCUAUCACUUGUGUCCUAUCACCUGUGUCCCAUCACUUGUGUCCUAUCACUUGUGUCCUAUCACCUGUGUCCUAUCAGUUGUGCACUAUCACCUGUGUCCCAUCACUUGUGUCCUAUCACUUGUGUCCUAUCACCUGUGUCCUAUCAGUUGUGCACUAUCACUUGUGUCCUAUCACCUGUGUCCUAUCACCUGUGCACUAUAUCACCUGUGUCCUAUCACUUGUGUCCUAUCACCUGUGUCCUAUCACCUGUGUCCUAUCAGUUGUGCACUAUAACUUGUGUCCUAUCACUUGUGUCCUAUCAGUUGUGCACUAUCACUUGUGUCCUGUCACCUGUGUCCUAUCACUUGUGUCCUGUCACCUGUGUCCUAUCACUUGUGUCCCAUCACCUGUGUCCCAUCACCUGUGUCCCAUCACCUGUGUCCCAUCACCUGUGUCCUAUCACCUGUGCACUAUCACUUGUGUCCUAUCACCUGUGUUCUAUCAGUUGUGCACUAUCACUUGUGUCCUGUCACCUGUGUCCUAUCACUUGUGUCCUAUCACCUGUGUCCCAUCACUUGUGUCCUAUCACCUGUGCUCUAUCACUUGUGUCCCAUCACUUGUGCUCUAUCACUUGUGUCCCAUCACUUGUGUCCCAUCACUUGUGUCCCAUCACCUGUGCACUAUCACUUGUGUCCUAUCACUUGUGCUCUAUCACUUGUGCUCUAUCACUUGUGUCCCAUCACUUGUGUCCCAUCACCUGUGCACUAUCACUUGUGUUCUAUCACUUGUGUCCUAUCACUUGUGCUCUAUCACUUGUGUCCCAUCACUUGUGUCCCAUCACCUGUGCACUAUCACUUGUGUUCUAUCACUUGUGUCCUAUCACCUGUGCUCUCACUUGUGUCCCAUCACCUGUGUCCCAUCACCUGUGACCUAUCACUUGUGUCCUAUCACCUGUGCACUAUCACUUGUGUUCUAUCACUUGUGUCCUAUCACCUGUGUUCUAUCACUUGUGUCCUAUCACCUGUGUCCCAUCACUUGUGCUCUAUCACUUGUGUCCCAUCACUUGUGCUCUAUCACUUGUGUCCCAUCACUUGCGUCCCAUCUCCUGUGCACUAUCACUUGUGUUCUAUCACUUGUGUCCUAUCACCUGUGUCCUAUCACCUGUGCUCUAUCACUUGUGUCCCAUCACCACUUGUUAUUUCUGGAAGACAUUUUGUGCUGAAUCAUCAGUGUUAUAUAUCUUUCAAGUGUUAUAACGAAAUGCAAACUUUUGAGUGAGAAUAAUUUAGAUGAGCUUUGCUUGUUUAAACGCACACGAGCCUUUACAUUCAUAUCAAAAACAUGUCAACGGAACAGUAAAGAAAGAAGGAAAAAGACAACUUUUGUCCAAAUGAGAAACUUGGAAUCCAAACUUAGAAAACAAAGCCUUCAUCCGCUCAAAUGUUGUCUCUCAUUUGCAACAAAACUCAAUAAUUUGAUCCAUAGGGACGUCUGAAAACAACGUCACCCAACCCUUUUUAAACAAGCUUUGAAACAAAAGUGAUUGUUUUUAGUGUCGACACUAACUGUAUACAGACGUUAGCUAAAAUGAUUGUUUAGCUCAAAUUAUCUACAUCUCAAAGUGAAGUGAAUCCAACUGACCUUCCAAAAAGUCUUAAUAUUGAUGAAAGAAGAGCUUUAUUUUCUGUCUUCAACACCUCUUAUGUUUUUAUUUUUGUUUUGUUUUAUUUAUCUCUGUGCUCUGCUGCUAGCUUGUCUCUAGCCGCUCAGCAACUAUGAAACUGUGAAGUUUUCCGUCAAAACGAUGCCUCGAAAAAACAAACAGAGUCAAAGACAGAGCAAACGGCAAGCCAGGGUGU